UUUCCCAGAAUACUAAUGUCUGAAGUCAAGCCACAGAGCUCGUCUAAGUUCAAAACUCAGGCCUGGAACAAGGCAUUUGGCCGCGAGGGAACUGGAAAAAAUAAAUCUGAAGUUAUGGCUGAAGCAAUACCACUGCGAGAAAAGAAACAGAAAACUCUACCUCGGUCGGAUGGGUGUGGUCUGAAUAACUUUGACGCUCUGGAUUUGUCUGGAGGGUUGAGGAUCGUCCUGGUGGGCAAGACUGGAUCGGGUAAGAGCGCAUCAGGAAACACCAUCCUCGGUAGAGCGGCCUUCAAAGAGGACCCGAGCCCUGUGUCUGUGACCAAACACUGCGAGACACAGAGCGGGGAAGUGGACGGCACGGCGGUCCAGGUGAUCGACACUCCGGGUCUGUUCGACACAGGCAUCACAGAGGAAGAAUUAAAAACCAGAAUAGAGGAGUGCGUGAAGAUGUCGGUGCCUGGCCCUCACGCCUUCCUGCUGGUGAUCAGGCUCGGGGUGCGGUUCACUGAGGAGGAGAGGAACGCUGUGAAGUGGAUCCAGGAGAACUUCGGAGACGAUGCCUCCAUGUACACUAUCAUGCUGUUUACGUGCAAAGAUCAGGCCAAAGCUGACAAUGCUCUGAAGGAGUGCAAGGAGCUGCGCAGACUCUCUAUUACAUUUGGACGCAGGUACCACGCCUUCAACAACAACGACGCAGAGGACCAAGUGCAGGUCAAGGAGCUGAUCACCAUGAUCAAGGAAAUGAUACAGGACAACGGGGGGAAACACUACACCAACGAGCUGUAUGAGAAAGCCCAGAGGAAGCUGAGGGAGGAGGAGGAGCGCAAGAAGCAAGAGGAGGAAGAGAAGCAAGAGGAGGAGAAGAAAAUGUGGGAUGCAGAGAGGGAGAAGAUAGUGAAGGAGAGAGAAAAGGUGAAAAAGGUGAAAAGAAAGAAUAUACGUGUGGCCUCGGCGGCUGCUGCUUUGUUGGUGGUUGCCGGGGCGAUUAUAGCCGUGGGAGCCGACGCCACGGUGGCUCUGGCUCUCGGAGCUCCUGUGCUCGUCCUGGGAGUGUUAUGUGGUUUUGCUGCCUUUUGCUUGUGGAAGGACAUAAGAUGCAAAGCCAAAGCAAAUGUUCCAGUAUAACAACGCGAAGGGCGAGUGACAAGGACAUCUGCAGUAUGUGACCCUGAAUAUACAGUGAAAGUAUUACACACAUUACUAUUUACUGUUUUGCGCUUACCAGUGAAUGAUGUUGUUAUGGCCCUUUUCUGCAUUCUGCUACCAGGAAUAUUACAAGUAUGUGAAUUUAAUGCUGACAGUAAACAAACGGUAUGAAAUGAGUUUUCUUUUGGUUUUCUUUUCACUCAUUUACUGUUUGGAGCUCAAACAUGAAACCCACAUCAUGAUUUAUACUUGAACGGAUACUCUCUUAUUUAUGAAACUCCUAAUAAAUACUGUUAGAAUGUAUUGAGAAAUUGUUCUAUAUAAAUACAUUAUUUUUCACAGUUUAU